GGUGCACCCGGGGCUCCGUCUGGCAUAUCUGAUCUCUGCUUGGAAAAACAAUAAUGGCGUAUUCGGUGAACAUCUCUGUAGAAGCACCGAUCGAGAAUCAGAUCCAAGAAAUCACCUACGAUGGCCAAGAAAUUUACCAAGCACCCCUUACGUUGUCCGAGAACCUGGCAAAAAUCGCGCAAAAAAUUGACUUCAGUAAAACCAACGGGGAUGAUAUAAAGAAAGAGACUGAAAGUGGAGAGAAGGGUGAAGAAGACACAAAAGAUUCAGCUUCUUUUCAGUCUUCGUUGUGGCCAUGGGACAGCGUCAGAAGUAAAUUAAGAAAUGCAUUGACCGAAGUAUGCGUGCUAGCGGAUGUUCUGGCAAUAGCAAAAGAAAAGCAUUACAUGGUUUUAGACCCGGUUUCACAAGAGCCGGCUGAAGUUAAACCUAUGAUACAAGUGUAUGCUAGAAAGAAAGCAUUGGCUGGGGCUGCCUCUGUUAUAAUGAUGGGUGCAGAUAGAUUAAAGAAUUGUCAAAAUGAAUUAGCUAGGAAUAGGUCCACACCAGACUUUCAUAUUGAAUUAUUGAGAUUGAGACAAAACUGGCGGUUAAAAAAAGUUUCUAAUUCGAUCAUUGGUGACCUUAGUUAUAGAACAGCGGGUUCCAAGUUUCCACAAACAGGUAUGUUCGAAGUUACGAAGGCGGAAGAGGAAGAAAAAAGUAGUAGUAGUCCUCCUGCUUCUCCUAGUGCUGGUACAAAUGCGUCCGUACAGGCUCAUCAUCCUUCGAAUCCGAAAGCGUCCGCGUUGCGCGUUACUAUACCUAGCGAAUUGCAAGGAGUUGCCUACAUAGAGGUACUAUGCCAAAAAGACCAAGAGGACCUUUGUAGUGCAAAUAUUAGUCUACUUAAUAACAGUGCACAUAGUUCCAAUGCAGAUAUGCAUUGGCAACAAAAAUUAGAAGCUGCACAGAAUGUUCUCUUCUGCAAAGAGUUAUUUAGUCAACUGGCGAGAGAAGCUGUACAUUUACGCGCACCCAUACCCCAUAUGGUUGUCGGCAAUCAAAUAAUGGCGACGGUACUUCCUGGAAUUCAAUUAAUCAUAGGACUUUGUCACAGUACAGGAAAUGACAAAAAACCUACUGCCCCUCCCCCUCAUAAAAGUGAUCACGAUCAUGUGUUAGAACAUUCAUUGCAUCAACUAUUACGCGAAGUACACCACAAAAAUACACAUCAUCCGUUUCCACAUCCCUCUUCGGGGCCUCUUGGACCUAGUAAACGGAGAUGCUUGGCCGGCCCAACGGCCGCCGACAGAUACGAGCUCUUAGAAAUGACAAAAAGUCAAACAUUGUUAGAACAAAUUAUUCAACAAGCUCAGCAUUUCUUUAUGCGAUUGCGCACAGAGUACGUUUUAGACACAAUAGCAAAAGAAGUUAAGGAUCCUUUAAUUGUUUCACACUGGAACGCGUUGAACUCCCCUACGCAAUCCUGCGUGAAGAUCAAUAUUUUAACGCACGGGUAUGAUAGCGUGUGUCGAACAUCGCUUGUCGUUCACGUUGGGGAGAAGUCAUUAAAGUGCGUUUGCCGGGACGGCAGAGUGAUGCAUAUGAGUUACGAACCUCAAGAAUUACGCGACCUAAUCUUUUGCCAGAUUUAUCAGCACCAAAUAACAGCAGUACAAGCAUUAGCAAAAUGUAUGGGUUGGCAAUUUUUAGCCAAUAGUUCACAUCUUGGUUUGGGCGCAGUGGAACCUUUAGGGAACGCUAGCAGUUGUAUUUUGGCGUCACCGAUAGGCGAUAGGAUGAUAGCUGUCAGAUGUGAACCACAAACGGGAAUACAGGUAGCAAUAGCUCAUUCUCCUAGGAAAGAUUUCUUCCCUGGACAGUUAGUUCGGGAAAGAAAGUGGGAAAAUUUAGGUGGCUCUUUCAAAGAGGUCCGGUGGGACAAGAUGGAAGGAAAAAACUUUUUAAAUAAAAUGGAACUACUCAUGGCUUCCUUAACAAGCUCCUAAAU